UUACUGUCUUUGUUUCUUUGUCUUUUUGGAUUAGAAAGAAGAUGGUGCUAGUUGUUUAUUUUCAUUUUCGUGGAAACCAAACAGAAAGUUAUUUGUUCUGCUGAUUGGUUUCUACUGGUCUCAUCUUCUCUCGUUGACUCGGUUUCCAUGAGUGUUGACUAGCUGUUUGUCUCUUCUUUUGUUCUACUGAGUUUCUUGAUGUUUUGGCUGGGAAUAAAUUUACCUCCUUUUGCUUGCCUGGAAAGUUGAGGGAAAGAACUGAAAUAAUCUAAAGCCCUUUAGGAUUUUUUUCCAGGUAAUUUCUGAGACAUCUACAUAGAAACAUUGCAAGGAGUUUGAUUAUUGAGUCAUGGACAAUACUGGAGGUGGUUCUUUCAUGAGGAAUAGGAGAUUGGAGAGCUUCCUGGAUACAAAUUCCACUCCAAAUGGGAAACAAACCCCAAAGAUUUUGGUGAGGGAAGAAGUGGUAAAAAGUCCCAAGAGUGAUGUUUAUGUUGAAGAUGAUGGGUGGAUUUCUGCAUUGAUAUCUUGUGUAAGGAUUGUGGUUUGUUUUUUGUCAAUGAUGGUCACAACAUUCAUUUGGUCCUUGAUAUUGCUCUUGCUCUUACCAUGGCCUUAUGAGAGGAUCAGGCAGGGAAAUAUUUAUGGGCAUGUUACUGGUAGAAUGCUGAUGUGGAUCUUAGGGAAUCCUAUCAGGAUUGAAGGCCCUGAAUUUUCAAAUGAGAGGGCCAUUUAUGUCUGCAAUCAUGCUUCUCCUAUAGACAUUUUCCUUAUGAUGUGGUUGACUCCCACGGGCACUGUUGGCAUUGCAAAGAAAGAGAUCAUAUGGUACCCUUUAUUUGGACAACUUUAUGUAUUGGCAAACCAUCUUCGAAUAGAUCGCUCCAAUCCUACUGCAGCUAUUCAAUCCAUGAAGGAGGUAGCUCAUGCAGUAGUGAAAAACAACCUGUCACUCAUCAUUUUUCCUGAGGGGACUAGAUCAAAAAAUGGACGAUUACUACCCUUUAAAAAGGGUUUUGUUCAUUUAGCAUUGCAAACGCGCCUCCCAAUAGUUCCAAUGGUCUUUACAGGCACCCAUCAUGCAUGGAGGAAAGGCGGCUUACAUGUUCGGCCAGCGCCUAUAACAGUCAAGUAUCUCCGGCCAAUAAAAACUGAUGAUUGGACAGAUGACAAGGUUAAUGACUACGUCAGACUGCUCCAUGACAUAUAUGUUGAAAACCUUCCAGAGGCGCAAAGGCCUCUUCAUUAGAAGGUACCAGAAACAGUCACACUUCAUGGUUGAGGCAUUUCUUUUUUGUAAUUUAAUAGUCUUGGAAAGUCCCAUGCUAAUAGCUAUUAAAAAUAAUCAUAGUUCACUUCU